CCCCGCCGCCCGCCCCGGCCCGGAACAUGGCUGCGCGCCCCGCCGCCACCCUCGCCUGGUCGCUGCUGCUCCUCUCCUCGGCCCUGCUCCGCGGCGGCUGCCGGGCGCGCUUCGCCGCCGAGCCGGACUCGGAGGACGACGAAGAGGAGGCGGUGGCUUUUCCCGAGUCGCCCUUGCAGAGACCCACGGUGCUGGUGGCCGUCCUCGCCCGCAACGCUGCGCACACGCUGCCUCACUUCCUCGGCUGUCUGGAGCGGCUGGACUACCCCAAGAGCAGGAUGGCCAUCUGGGCAGCCACUGAUCACAAUGUGGAUAAUACGACUGAAAUACUCAGGGAGUGGUUAAAAAAUGUACAGAGACUCUAUCACUAUGUGGAGUGGAGGCCUAUGGAUGAACCAGAGUCUUAUCCUGAUGAAAUUGGACCAAAGCAUUGGCCAAGCUCCCGGUUUGCCCAUGUGAUGAAAUUACGACAGGCAGCCCUUCGAACUGCGAGGGAAAGAUGGUCAGACUACAUCCUGUUCAUAGAUGUCGACAAUUUCCUGACUAAUCCACAGACCCUCAGUCUAAUGAUUGCAGAAAACAAAACCAUUGUGGCCCCCAUGCUGGAGUCUCGGGGAUUGUAUUCUAAUUUCUGGUGCGGAAUCACACCUCAGGGCUUCUAUAAACGGACCCCAGACUACGUUCAGAUUAGAGAGUGGAAGCGGACGGGCUGCUUCCCUGUGCCCAUGGUCCACUCCACCUUCCUAAUCGACCUCAGGAAGGAGGCCUCUGACAAGCUGACCUUCCACCCCCCACACCAGGACUACACCUGGACCUUUGAUGACAUCAUCGUCUUUGCCUUCUCCAGCAGGCAAGCAGGCAUCCAGAUGUACCUCUGCAACAGAGACCACUAUGGCUACCUGCCCAUCCCCCUGAAGCCCCAUCAGACGCUGCAGGAAGACAUCGAGAACCUCAUCCACGUGCAGAUAGAAGCAAUGAUUGACCGUCCUCCAAUGGAACCCUCCCAGUUUGUCUCAGUUGUUCCUAAAUAUCCAGACAAGAUGGGAUUUGAUGAGAUUUUCAUGAUAAACCUCAAACGCAGAAAGGACAGGCGGGACCGGAUGCUGCGCACACUGUACGAGCAGGAGAUUGAGGUCAAGAUUGUUGAGGCUGUGGAUGGAAAGGCACUCAACACAAGUCAACUGAAAGCCAUGAAUAUUGAAAUGCUGCCUGGUUAUCGAGAUCCCUACUCCUCCAGGCCUCUAACCAGGGGUGAAAUCGGCUGCUUCCUUAGCCAUCACUCUGUAUGGAAAGAGGUAAUUGACCGAGAACUGGAGAAGGCUCUUGUUAUUGAGGAUGAUGUGCGUUUUGAGCAUCAAUUUAAGAGGAAGCUGAUGAAGCUGAUGGAUGACAUUGACCAGGCUCAGCUGGACUGGGAACUGAUUUAUAUUGGUAGGAAGAGGAUGCAAGUAAAAGAGCCAGAGAAGGCGGUACCCAAUGUGCUAAAUCUGGUUGAAGCUGACUACUCCUACUGGACCCUAGGCUACGUCAUCUCUCUGGAAGGAGCACAGAAGCUGGUUGGAGCCAAUCCUUUUGGGAAGAUGCUGCCAGUGGACGAGUUUCUGCCAAUCAUGUACAACAAGCAUCCUGUAGCCGAGUACAAGGAGCAUUAUGAAUCCAGGGACUUGAAGGCCUUCUCUGCAGAACCCUUGCUCAUCUACCCCACACACUACACAGGCCAGCCGGGGUAUCUGAGUGACACAGAAACCUCGACCAUCUGGGACAAUGAGACAGUGGCCACCGACUGGGACAGGACACAUUCCUGGAAGUCCCGGAAGCAAGGUCACAUUCACAGCAAUGCCAAGAACACAGAGGCACUGCCGCCGCCAACCUCCCUGGACACUGUGCCUUCGAGGGAUGAGCUGUAAAGGCUUCCGGGAAGUGUGACCCACACCGGUUCAUCAUCCUUUGGUUUUUCUAAAGGGCUACUCAUCUGUUUGCUCCAGUUGUUUUUUCCCCCAGUGGUCACAGUCAUCUAACCAAAGUGGUCUGAUGUGAUUGAUCAAAAUUAAUAUAUUUUUGACGAUGGAGGGGAAUAGGGAAUUUAAACCCAAAUUUCCUAAGAUGGCUAAAAGAUAAGCUUUAUGGGACACCCAGGUCUUCAGUUUUCAUGUGAUACUGCCUCAUACAAAAGCCACAUACGUGGCUCAGAGUCUUGUCCAGCAGAAGGUGAUCACCAAGCUGUCACAUUGGUAACUGGGGAGUCAAGACAGCCAAGCCAACCGGCCCACAUUUAUUGGUCUUAGUUGGUCCAUUUUAUGUGACAGAUGUGACCUUGGAAUAUCAUAUUAAUUGGGCUUUUUAUUUAAAGGAAUUCUGUCAUAAGCCUUAAUGCAAAGUGGAUUGUUUAAUAGGGGUGGGUAUUUGGGUCUGGCUGAGACUUGGCCCUUGACCAUCAUGGCAAUUGGAGAGCUCAUAAAGAAGUGUCCGGUUUGCCAGUGGAUAUAAUUUGGUAGAUUUUUGAGGAUUUGUGUAGAUAUUUGAGGAAAAGAGAACUCAACCGUUGGCCUUUUCUUAUGGUGGCCACUGGAGUCAGGACGCUCUAUUUAUAAAGACAAACGUAAUAAUCGGGGUGGGUGCGGGCGUGUCUCUGCCCGGGUUGCUGCUUCAGCAUUCCACACUCUCUGCUGCGCCCCUUAGCCUGGGAACGACCCGCAGAUGUGAGUUUUAUGAGUCACUGAUAACAGACAGAGCACAUCUGCAAGCCAGCACCUGUCCUUGCCUGGGUUUUUCAUUAUAUUUUGAAUUAUUUAUUUUACAAAAUGUGGGGGAAAUAUUGCCUGCAGGAUAAGGCAGAGAAACAGAGGUUGCGAGCUUUCGGUGCCCCAUGGGGAGGGGUCAGUGUGGACACGUUGGUUCAACGAUCUGAUUUUCCUGAAUUUCCCAGCCUGACUCUUGCAGGGAGUCCUGUUGAUGGGCGAUUCUGACCAUUUGGAAAGAAAUGAUUCUCCAUCUAAGGUGAGAGACCUCGGUCAAAAACAACGGGCAAGUCAACCUAUUUAGGCCAAUAACCAGGGAAGCUCUCAGAAUCCUGGGCAGACACCCUUUCUCCAAAGAUGUCCCCUAAAACUCCUUUCUGCUUUCUGCAUAGAUUGAUUUUACAUAAAAUGCAGAGUUGGACUCAAGCGUAAAAUUUUGCUUCCAGAAAUACCCCCCACCCCACCCCGAGGCGUCCCGUGCACGCAUCCUUCUCUCUCAGUGUUUGUGCACCUCGGCAGCCAUGUGGUGGAGGCUCUG